CCCCGCGAUCGGCGAUGAAUAUCGGUCAACUCGGACCUGAGCCGAAGGCAGCGCUACUCUUGCCAAACACCUUCACCUUCAUCCCGCAAUGCUUAGGACCGGAGCGCGAAUUUUAUCGACAGCUACUAGACGCCCGGCUGUGUCGACCGUCUCCAGGUCAUUCGCGACGUCACGCUCUCUGCGCUCAGAGACGCCGACCGUGAACUCCCUGGACGUUUUCACUGAUGAGGAGAACAUGCUGCGCGAGUCCGUGCAACGGUUUGCCACAGAGGUCGUCGGGCCUAAGGUCCGGGAGAUGGACGAAAAGGAACAGAUGGAUCCCGCAAUUAUCAAGGGUCUCUUUGAACAAGGACUCAUGGGGAUUGAAACCAGUGCCGACCACGGUGGAGCUGAAUCGUCUUUCACGUCGGCUAUCAUCGCCAUCGAGGAGCUGGCGAAGGUCGACCCGUCUGUCUCCGUCCUAUGUGACGUGCACAAUACACUUGUGAACACCAUCUUCCGCAAGUAUGCGACGAAAGAGCAGCAAGACAAGUGGCUGCCGCUUUUGGCUGAAAACAAGGUCGGCCACGACUACUCUACGCUAUCUGCUCUGACGAGGUCCUUUCAGCUUGGCUCGUUUUGUCUCUCUGAGCCCGCAUCGGGGUCAGAUGCAUUCGCGCUGCAGACCCGAGCGAAGAAAGACGGAGAUUCUUGGGUAAUCAAUGGCUCGAAGAUGUGGAUCACGAACUCUUACGAAGCGGAGAUCUUCCUUGUCUUUGCCAACGUGGACCCUUCGCAAGGGUACAAGGGUAUUACUUGCUUCGUUGCGACGAAAGACAUGGGAGUCCAGAUUGCAAAGAAGGAACAAAAGCUCGGGAUUCGCGCGUCUUCAACUUGCACUCUGAACUUCGAUGAUAUGAGGAUACCCGCGGAGAACGUAAUUGGUGGAGAGGGCAAAGGUUAUAAGAUCGCCAUUGAGAUCCUCAACGAAGGUCGUAUCGGAAUCGCCGCUCAGAUGCUUGGAUUGGCUCAAGGAGCGUUCGACAAGGCUGUGCCGUACACGUAUUCUCGGCAACAGUUUGGUCAGCCCAUCGGAACCUUCCAGGGCAUGGCAUUCCAGAUUGCACAAGCGGCUGUCGAGAUCGAGAGCGCGCGACUUUUGACGUACAAUGCCGCUCGAAGGAAAGAGGAGGGCAAGAGCUUUACCAAGGAAGCGGCCAUGGCCAAAUAUUGGAGCAGUGUGGUUGCACAGCGUGUGGCUGGAUCGGCGAUUGAGUGGGCCGGCGGCGUUGGUUUCACGAGAGAGACAGGAAUCGAAAAGUACUGGCGUGACUCAAAGAUUGGUGCAAUCUACGAGGGCACGUCCAACAUCCAGCUCCAAACGAUCGCGAAGUUCAUACAAAAGGAGUACUCAUAAUUGCACUGAGAAUGUUCUGGGCUGCGCGGUCGUUUUACAUAUGUAGUUGAAUGGAUCGUAGCGGAGAGGUUAACAAAAGUGCUGUAUGCACCUGUUUGUUCGGCCUCUGCAUCCCUCCCAAUUUUCCCUUUGACCCACCCACGACCCAUGGCCACUGAACGUGCACCUCCCGCUGCCGUCCAACGGGUGAACACCCAAACAAAAGUACUCGAUACUAACCAUGGCCGCAUUCUCUGCAUCGCCGACAUUCGUGGACGCCUUUCCGCACUGAAUGACCUGGCCAGAGACGCGAAUGCUCACGCCAUAAUCCACACGGGGGACUUUGGUUUCUUCGAAUCCUCCUCUCUAGAGCGAAUCAACGACCGUACCCUGAGGCAUCUGACUAUGUACUCCCCGCUAAUUCCGACUGCUCAACGGACGCAUUUGCUGUCUCCCGACAAUCCACCAGCCGCCAUCCGCUCCACCGUGGACAUCUCCCUGCUUUCCGAAUUCCCUCUGCUUCUGUCUGGCCAAAUUAAACUCAAAGUGCCCGUCUUCACGGUGUGGGGUGCAUGCGAGGACGUGCUGGUCAUCGAGAAGUUUCGUUCUGGCGCCUACUCGAUCGAGAACCUACAUGUCCUCGAUGAGGCGACCACGCGCUGCUUGGAUCUAGGAGGCGUGAAGCUGCGGCUGCUGGGUCUCGGAGGUGCUUUGGUGCCGCACAAGAUGUUUGACAACGGAGACGGGAACGCGACUAUUGCGGGCGGUCAGGGGACCAUGUGGACCACAGCCCUGCAGAUCGGGGAGCUCGUGGACACGGCCCAGCGUGUCUUUGAUCCAACGGAAACGCGUAUGCUGGUCACCCACGCCAGCCCCGGACGCGAAGGCAUCAUGGCCCAACUAGCGCUCGUGACCAAGGCGGACUUGACCCUCUCUGCUGGCCUGCAUUUCCGCUACGCAACUUCUUACAACGAGUUCAGCGUCCAGAGUGGCUUUGAUGGGUUUCGCGAGAAGCUGGUUUCGGGGAAGGAGAGCUUUGACAAAGUGUGGGACAGUGUGAAGCUGCAGGUGGAUGCGGUGAUCGACGAGAACCAACGCGUGCUUCUGAACAAGGCGUUGAGUGUGGUCGAGCGGAUUCCAAAAUCUGGGGGAGAUGAGGACCCGGCAUGGAAGAACUGCUGGAACUGGAACUUGUGCGAUGCCGCGUAUGGUUCCCUCGUCUUGGACGUGAAGGAAGGUCGUAUCAGCGGAGAGCUUAAGAGUCAAGGCUUCAAUUACGCCUACCGACGCACGGCAACUGUCACUCAGACGCCCAACUCGGCCUCCCCGAGCCUCCCCAACCCCUCCAAAUCAUCCACGCCUGCUCCCGAUCACGCGGUGCCUCCCCACCUCGCUGCUGCAGAGGCUUCCAAGGACAGCUCUUCACCGUCAACUCCCGUCUCCGUCAACGCCAAACCCAACGGUGUUGCCGCUGCUGACAAAGCAGAGCGGGAAAAGCAGAAGAACAAGGAAAAGAAGGAGAGGAAAGCUAAGGAAAAGGCCGAAAGAGUGGAGAAGGAGAAGGCUGAGAAAGAGGCCGCCGCUGCUAAUGCUACACCUGAACCCUCUGGAUCAACCGCCCCAGCACCUGUGCCCGAAAUUUCUGCCAUCAAGUCCCCUCAAACUGAUGUUGAAGACCUCAAAUCGCCCACCGAUGGCGCACGGACCCCGAAAACGGGACGCCCAGCUCGCAACCCUUGGACAAUCUUUAUGAGGUGGCCGACGUCCGUGUCGGUAACAGAAGCAGAGAUGAAAGACUUCUUCGGGGAUGCGAAGAGCGGGAUCACGAAAGUAGCGAUGCCCACUCCCUUUGCCAACAGGCCUCAGCGUCUUGCAUAUGUCGAGUUUGGCGACGAAGAAGCCAUGCGUGCCGGACUAGAGAACCAUCUUCCGAAACUAAAGGAUGUGGUGCCUGAGGUGAAGCAAGCCACAGAGCGCGAGCCACGGAACGAACCAGCCCACCGAGGCGGUCCCUCCCGUGGCCGAGGUGGCCGGGGUUCUGGUGGAUUCGCAGCCCGAGGGUUUGCUGCUGCGGGCCUGACUCGCGGCACGCCACGAGGUCAAGGGGAUUCCGCGCCGCCAACACCCGCUGCUUCCUGAGAUGUGGCCUGGUCUGUGAAGAACGACGGCGGAUAUGAAGCUAUGAUUAUGCGUGGGGAGGACACUGUCCUAGCAGCGGCUGGGGGUGCAGACCGGCGCCACUGGGACGGAUAUUCGGGGAUAUUCAAUCCAUGCUCAUGCUUUGGUUGUUCUGAUUUCUCGGUGCUGACGGCGGCGGUGGAGUUUCGUUGCCUGGUAUGGUAGUGCUUUGUUGCUUUUCGUACUUGCGUUUCUUCAAUGCUCGUUUUCUCUAUCUUGUUGUGGAACAAUCUUGUCUAAUUCUCUGGCCUACCUUAUUCCAUGAUCUUCUAUGAUAAAGCUCUAUUAUGACCGUGCACUGAUGUUCCUGAGAAAAUGUUAGCGAU